AGCAUAAUUGUACAAAUUUUCAAAAUUGUACCGAACUAAGUUAUGCACAUUUUUUCUAUGGCGCAAUCGCAACCCUUCGUUCUAGAAUUUUUUCGAGCACACCAUCCUAUAAGUCAUUCAUAAUUUAAACAGAGCAGACGUGAAGACUGUCGUUCAUCCUCCACGUCAUCCCUCUCUAACUCUUUUAUUUCACCAAGUGUACGAGGACCAAUUAACAGACAUUUUUACAUUGACUUUUAGACACAGCAUAUUGACCGUACCUCAACGUGCAACAGCACCAAGUGACUUCGGAUACAUUUAUUUGUGUUAUUAACUACUAAAAAAUGUCGUAUCAGCUUUUUUUCGUUACGCUUUUUAUUUUUUUCUAAUCGCUUACUCGCUUCUCAGAUCCCAGGGUUAUUUCACUAACGGUACAACCAUAUUAAAGCACCAUUUUGGUUCUUCUUACAGAUACCGAGGCACUAACACAACUCGAACCGUUUAAGCAAGAACUUACAAAACGGUACUAUCGCACUAACAGUCACGCAGGCCUUCCGAAAGGCUCGUACUCGGUACCGAAUCCGGUACAUUUUCACGUUGCUCGCGUUAAGAAGUCUUUCGAGGUUAAACGUCCCGUUAUUCAGACCGUAACCUCCCGUCGAGACGUAGAUUUUAGACGAGGAAGCUUUAGUAAUAGUGUCGUGUCGCUUACUUUGAAAGAGACCCAGUCAGUCGCUCUCGAUAUUUCCUUACAGUCCUUAAGGUCGUUCAUCGUUCCCUUUGCUCGAGCCCUAAACUUCGUGGAGAUCCCUCGGUUAAACCGCCAUCAAAGCAGCCAGACUUCUUAUAUGAAGAACUUCGAGAGACCCCCCGAACACCUGAGCUACAUCCACUAUACUCCUUUGUAUGUUGACGAUUACUCUGAUACCUUACAUACGAACCAGAGCGACCAUUCCUUCGAGAGACAUGUCUUAGAUGACAUGUGCAAUAAAUUGAUCAGUGAACGCACUCACGAGUUUAACGAGCAAGAUCAAGAAAUGCUUGCCGAAGAUCCCACUUCUGAUGACGACGACCUUUCUGAGCUCAAGGGGCAGAAGAUUAACCAGGAAACGACGUUAUGCCUCAAGGACUCAGUUAGUCCAGGGGAUCAGAAGACCUCGGAUAAUGUCUCAUCGGGGAUCUUCGGCAACUACGGCAAUGGGUCAUCGAACAUUGACGAUCUUGAUCCGUUUGACGAGGAAGUUGUUACAGAAUCAAAGGAGGAGGGAGUGAACAAGAGACCAGCGGUUAUAAACCAAUUAAAGGAGCCCGACGAUACUCAUAUUGCCCUUCAAGGAGUCUCUGAGUUGUUUAUAGAAGAUUGCACUGAGAACCAAACUAUUUUAAGUGAAAAUGCAAGUGAGACCGAAGAUAUGAAACAAUUGACUGAUGACUAUAAUCCUGCAACUUAUAUUGUUGAGAAAACUGCUCGUACAGCAGAUAAACGAGAGGCAAAUGUGCAUGGCGAGCAAGUCUUUCAAGUACAAAACGCAGCAGAACCGGGAGAUCAUCUUAUUCCAACUUGUGAAGAACCUUGCAUUGAGAGACACCCUGGAACUCUUACCAAAGAACCUAAGAAAGUAAAUAAUGACGAAGAUCAAAUUUACAGUGAACCACAGUUGGAAGGGUCGAACUUAGAACCCGUUGAACAAGACCAUCCUUUAACAGACUUCAAUGAAAGAGAAACUCAGUACAGUGAACCAGAAUUGGAGGUGCCCAACUUGAAAUCCAUGUCCCAAGACUGUCCUUCAACGGAUUUCAAUAAACCAGUAGUAAAAGCGAGUGCGCACAUUAUUCCUGCUUGUGAAGAACCUCUGGUCGAAUCAGAACCUAUUGACGAAGAUCAUUAUAGUGAACAAGAGUCCCACUUAUUACCCGUGUGCCAAGACUAUUUAUCAACGGGUUUCAAGGAACCUGGUCACAUUAUUUCAGUUUGUGAAGAACCUCCCAUUGAGAGACACCCUGAAACUCUUACCAAACAACCCAAGGAAGUAAAUAAUGACGAAGAUCAAAUUUACAGUGAACCACAGUUGGAGGAGUCAAACUUGGAACCCGUUGAACAAGACCAUCCUUUAACAGACUUCAAUGAAAGAGAAACUCAGUACAGUGAACCAGAAUUGGAGGUGCUCAACUUGAAAUCCAUCUCCCAAGAUUGUCCUUCAACGGAUUUCAAUGAACCAGUAGCAAAAGCAAGUGCGCACAUGAUUCCUGCUUGUGAAGAUCCUCUGGUCGAGUCAGAACCUAUUGACGAGGAUCUGAGUGUGGUUCAUUAUAGUGAACAAGAGUCCCACUUAGUACCCGUGUGCCAAGGCUAUUUAUCAACGGAUUUCAAGGAACCUGGUCACAUUAUUCUAGUUUGUGAGGAACCUUCCAUUGAGGGACACCCUGGAACUCUUACCAAAGAAUCCAAGGAAGUAAAUAAUGACGAGGAUCAAAUUUACAGUGAACCACAGUUGGAGGGGUCGAACUUAGAAUCCGUUGAACAAUACAAUCCUUUAACAGACUUCAAUGAAAGAGAAACUCAGUACAGUGAACCAGAAUUGGAAGUGCCCAACUUGAAAUCCAUCUCCCAAGACUGUCCUUCAACGGAUGUCAAUGAACCAGUAGCAAAAGCAAGUGCGCACAUCAUUCCUGCUUGUGAAGAACCUCUGGUUGAGUCAGAACCUAUCGGUGAAGAUCUGAGUGUGACUUAUUACAGUAAACAAGAGUCCCACCUAGAACCCGUGUGCCAAGACUAUUUAUCAACGGAUUACAAGGAACCUGGUGACAUUAUUUCAGUUUGUGAAGAGCCUUCCAUUGAGAGACAUCCUGGAACUCUUACCAGAGAACCCAAGGAAGUAAAUAAUGAUGAAGAUCAAAUUUACAGUGAACCAGAGUUGGAAGGGUCGAACUUAGAACCUGUUCAACAAUACAAUUCUUUAAAAGACUUCAGUGAAAGAGAAACGCAGUACAGUGCACCAGAAUUGGAGGUGCCCAACUUGAAAUCCAUGUCCCAAGACUGUCCUUCAACGGAUUUCAAUAAACCAGUAGUAAAAGCGAGUGCGCACAUUAUUCCUGCUUGUGAAGAACCUCUGGUCGAAUCAGAACCUAUUGACGAAGAUCAUUAUAGUGAACAAGAGUCCCACUUAUUACCCGUGUGCCAAGACUAUUUAUCAACGGGUUUCAAGGAACCUGGUCACAUUAUUUCAGUUUGUGAAGAACCUCCCAUUGAGAGACACCCUGAAACUCUUACCAAACAACCCAAGGAAGUAAAUAAUGACGAAGAUCAAAUUUACAGUGAACCACAGUUGGAGGAGUCAAACUUGGAACCCGUUGAACAAGACCAUCCUUUAACAGACUUCAAUGAAACGGAAACUCAGUACAGUGAACCAGAAUUGGAGGUGCUCAACUUGAAAUCCAUCUCCCAAGAUUGUCCUUCAACGGAUUUCAAUGAACCAGUAGCAAAAGCAAGUGCGCACAUUAUUCCUGCUUGUGAAGAACCUCUGGUCGAAUCAGAACCUAUUGACGAAGAUCUGGGUGUGACUCAUUAUAGUGAACAAGAGUCCCACUUAGUACCCGUGUGCCAAGACUAUUUAUCAACGGGUUUCAAGGAACCUGGUCACAUUAUUCCAGUUUGUGAAGAACCUUCCAUUGAGGGACACCCUGGAGCUCUUACCAAAGAACCCAAGGAAGUAAAUAAUGACGAAGAUCAAAUUUACAGUGAACUAGAGUGGGAGGGGUCGAACUUAGAAUCCGUUGAACAAUACAAUCCUUUAACAGACUUCAAUGAAAGAGAAACUCAGUACAGUGAACCAGAAUUGGAGGUGCCCAACUUGAAAUCCAUCUCCCAAGACUGUCCUUCAACGGAUUUCAAUGAACCAGUAGCAAAAGCAUGUGCGCACAUUAUUCCUGCUUGUAAAGAACCUCUGGUUGAGUCAGAACCUAUCGGUGAAGAUCUGAGUGUGACUCAUUACAGUAAACAAGAGUCCCACCUAGAACCCGUGUGCCAAGACUAUUUAUCAACGGGUUUCAAGGAACCUGGUCACAUUAUUUCAGUUUGUGAAGAGCCUUCCAUUGAGGGACACCCUGGAACUCUUACCAAAGAACCCAAGGAAGUAAAUAAUGACGAGGAUCAAAUUUACAGUGAACCACAAUUCGAAGAGUCGAACUUAGAACCCGUUGAACAAGACAAUCCCUUAACAAACUUUAAUGAAAGAAAAACUCUCUAUAGUGAACCAGAGUUGGAGGAUCCGAACUUAGAAUAUGCUCCCCAAGACUAUUCAUCAACAAAUUUCAACGCUCACAUUAAUUCAAUGAAUCCAUCUGAAACCCUUGCUGUCCUGGACAAUGAUGAUGAGGUUAAAAUCAACAGUGAACCAGAAUUGGAAGACUCUGCAUCAACAGAAUUCAUCAGUUUAUACGAAAAAGAAGCAUCUGCUGACUUUGUGAGCCACUACGACAAAACCGAGUCUAUAAAACAAGCGGAGACAUUCAGUGCGGACUUUCAGAAGAUGGUGAACGGUUAUGAGGCUGCAGUGGAUGUGAUAAAAGAGGUCCAGGGCCUGUUGAAGCGUCACGAUAACAGGAGAAGCUUGGACGAAGGGAUUGAGGAUCUCUCGUUCGUUUUACCCAACAGCGAAGAGACCAGUGACAAGAGGUUCAUGAAAAUGGGAGAGUUAAUGGCCGAUUAUUUGGUCGAGCAGGGUUUCGAGAUGCGGGAACUGGUGCUGUUUCCCGAAACAGACGAUCACCAGUGCAAAAAGUUCCUCGGGAAACUACUCGAGCUUUUCAAGGAGCUUUAUCCAGAGUCCUUGUGCUCGGUGGGUCUAAAUGACUUAAGGAUCGCCAUUACCGGCUACGUCAUCGACCUCCUCAAAGCGGACCAGAGGUUUGCGGACGACUCGAGCGACUCGGAUAGUUUCAUGAGCAUCUCGGAUAAGAUUUUCACUAUUUCCGAAUACGUUUCGGACCUACUGGACUCGUUUUUCGCUUCUAUAGAAAAGAGUGAGUUCGAGUCGUUUAUGCAAGACGUGUCACACAAUAGUGCCGCUCAGUCUACUCCCGAGAAGCAUUCAAACGCCGGUGAAUCACCAGGGUGGGACACUUCGGUAACUUCUUUUAAGAAGGACUCAAAGUUGUCCUCGGAGAGUUUGUGGAUCGCCAUUAGUCCUGCUGCAAGAGCACAAAUGCCCGUUAAAAAAACGCCGAUUAAUGUUGACGAAAUCCCCCUGCGUCCUCCUGCGGAUCUGGUCAAUUUAUGGGAAAAACAAGGAGAAUCUGCUGCUGCCAAAGACUUUAGAAGUAAACCCAGGCACGCAGCGUUAUCCCCAAUAAGCGAAGAGGCCAAGGUUAAUCUUCUUGAGGAUGAAAUCAAGAGUCCACCUAAGAAUGACCUCAAAAGUCACUCUGGUCCUUUAAAGUCCAGUUCAGAGGUAAACCUAGUCAUUUGCAACGAAGUGAAUUUCUAUCGGUCAAGGUCCAAGUUGGUGCCGAGAAACAUCGUUUUCACCACCGAUAUCGUGUUUAGUAGCGAAGGUACGAACGACCUUAAUGACGAAAAUAAAGAAAAUCACUCCCCCUUAGAUGAUUCCGGCGACUGGAUGGGUUUCGACGGUGCAAAGUUUUAACUGUACAUACGUUUUAAGGUUUAUCACCGGCUUUGGCUAAUGUUUGUUUAAAUAAAUCAAUUAUGCUAA